UCACAUUUUCAUGAAAAUUGUAAUUUGAAUGUCAUACACAUCUAUUAGUUAAUAUGAAUGAUAUCAUUGCAUAGCAUACUAAUUUCUGUAGCAAGAACUUUGAAAGUCAGUUUUUGCCCAAGAUAGUUGUGAUGAAUACAUUUUCAAACUCAUCUCCUGUUGAAACCGAUCGCAUAACACUAUAUAAAUGAAGAAGAUAAUCUAAAUUUCUUUGAUACUACUAUACUUCUCCAAAGAUGAUUCAAGCAAGAGCUGUGCUGCUACUGAUGACUGUCACCAUAGCGACCGUAUUGCCAUCUGACGCAAUAAAACACAAGAAUGUAGAAUGGACGUGUUUUGGAGAGUGCUUUGUCGACCCAUCGCAAUCAACAGAGGAAACUAGUGAUAUAGAACAGCUUGCCGAGUGUACAACGAAAUGCAGAACGCCGGGUCUUCAAAUAAGAAACUUGGAAGAAUCUGGUGCUGGUGAAGAAUAUGGCAUGUUUUCUCCAGAAUUAAGAAGCUACCUCUAUGUUCAUGUUAAGUAUGUGAAUAAGGAGACACGUGAGGCAGAACAUAGAACUUUCAUACUCACCUAAUAAAGACGUGAAUUGGACGAGAAAAGAAGAAGAAAUGUUCCUGCAAAUAGGAUAGAUAUUUGAUAAUUACAAUAUGAGCAUAUAAAUCAAAAGUAGAAUUAGCCAGUGGCAAGCUUGCUAGCAUGGACUUUCAAUACGAUGUUACGAUGUCAAUCCGGUGCAACGUUUCCUGAAUAUACUGUUCCAAAAACAAGAUCUUAUAUUUUGUGUUAUAAAGAUAUCUUAUUAAAUUAUGUUGUAUUCAAAAAUAUACCAAGUGUGUCUCAGCCAAUCAGCUUAAAGCAUGUUAGAUCAUUAAUCUAUAUGUAUAUUCACAAAAAUCAUUUUACAAUGCAUUUAAUUUUUCAUAAUGCACCGAACUGUACUGUUGUUACAAAUGGAGUGACGCAAUAUCAUCAAAGUGCCAAUGCUAUAACUUUCCAACUAUGUGUAACGUGUUGCAUCUUUUCUACAAACUUCAGCAUCAAAUCAAUUAUUUUAAUGUCCUAAAAUAAAUUUAUAACUAAAAAAUUCUAAAUAGAUUUCAAAGGAAUAUCAAUUGUAACCCAACACCUCUACUUCUAAAACAUAUACGA